AUGCUAGGUGUUGUUGAUUGGAAUAUGAAAUUUCUGUAUGUCUUUCCUGGCUGGGAGGGUUCAGUCUCUGACUCAAGAGUCUUGCGUGAUGCAAUGAGAAUAACUCGCCAAGAUGCAUUUGUUGUACCUAAUGGAAAAUAUUACUUGGCUGAUGCUGGUUACAUAAAUGGACCAGGAUUUCUAACACCAUUCAGGUCUACUCGGUAUCACUUGAAAGAGUGGAUAUCAAGUCAACAACAAUCCAAAACAGCCAAAGAGUUGUAUAAUUUGCGUCACUCUGGUGCUAGAAAUGUGGUAGAGAGAACUUUUGGGUUGUGGAAGAAAAAAUGGGAUAUCUUACGUUCUCCAAGUUUCUUUGACAUAAAGGACCAGCACAACUUUGCAAGGGAUAGGCAGCGUGUGAUGGAUGACUUGCUGCUUCCUGAAGUGGAUGCUGAAAUAGUAGCUCAGCCAAUCGAUCAUGUAGAUGAUGCUGGUUACAUUAGAACUGUUCAAGUCAUGAACGAAUGGACUAACUUCAGGAACCAAUUAGCUGAUGGCAUGUUUGCUGAUUACCAAGUGGCCCAUGUGGAACUAGAGGCGGAGUAG